AUGGCUCUGAAAUCACGUCAAGCCGCUGAGGCGCCCCAAAGUAAGCGGACACAACCUGCUCGGCCUGGGACGUCCAAAAGUUCAAAGACGGCACCUUCGAAGGCUGCCGGUUCCAAGGCCAAGGGCGAUGCAAUUCAAUAUUUCUCCAAUGAGGAAUUGGGUCCGUAUGGUCUUCUCUGGGAGCAGGAUAUUGCGACGGCGCUUGCCAGGAAACAGCCAGGGGAUCCGAUACAUGACGAUCAAAAGGUCAUUGAUUGGCUUCAGAAGACAGGAAAAUGCAGAAUCCAACCCCCAAAUCAUGCCUUCGAUCGAAUAUUCCCAACAUACGCAGCGAAGUUUGGUUUCAGACGGUAUGUCCCGAACUCGAACAGUCAAAUCUCUCAGGGUUACCGUGGUCCACAAUGCAAAAUUACCCAAGUCACGCACGACGGUAACAAAAUCAGCGAACGCUUGGCGGGUUGUCAUAAAAUUCGGUCGUAUCCUGCUUUUUUGUAUACCCAAUCUUGGCGGUACGAGCCGGAGAAGGUCAUCUUGGACAAUGGAAACUCGAUCUGUGAAGCAGUGUGUCAUUUCGCCUGCUGGCAGUGUUAUACCAGCACUUCUUCGACCUGCUCAUUGAAUUCGGCGCCCGUUCGAGUGUCUAUUGAUGAAAGUGAGUCGAUCUCGGACAACAUGGAUGGCUGCUUCGUUCGAAGGGUCCAUUCUGUCCCACCAUCCGAAGGAGAAGACGAGCUGGAUGACGAUGAUCAAUUGGAUCUGGAGCAAGCAAGUCCAAGUCUCGAAGCGCCACAAGCUGCUCUUUCAAGCCCUUCUACCGUUCGCACGAAAAGGCCAUCUUCCGCCCCUCAUUCGGAUCCUCAACCUGUGAAGGCUCCACGAACGUCAAACGAGUCGGCACCCAAUCGUCGAAUGAGAGGGGACGAACGACUCAGCAUGCUCGGUACGACUUCGACAGCACGGGUAGAUGUCGAUUUCCCAAUGUUUGACAAUCUUGUCUCCACCAAAGCCUCCGAAUCUCCUCAAGACCCCCCCACACCUUCACCCCUCCCCGCAUCCGCUCACAAUCUCCAAAAGUCUCCUCCACUGGAUUCGUCUAGUAGAUCUGCUUCGAAUGACGUUCGGCCUGCUAAGACUGGUGACCGCGCUAGAGCCUUUCUGGAACAGAUGAAGAAACGCAGCUCCUCGCCUCAAUCCUUCCAGCCCUCGAAUCCUCAAAGUGUCGUGAUACCUCCCAGCAAUCAGUCUGCUCCCGCUCCUACUCCGUUCGCAUCCAAAUCCGGCCUCCAUGUUAUUAAUCCCGCCAAAGCCAUGUUCAAGCCUGGAUUGACCGAACCAUCUCGAUUGGCAGAACACAAAGACGCCCAAACCGCAGCAAUUCCUCCAGAACCAACUUCGAUUCCGUUGAUCAAGGAUCACGUCACCAAAUGGACAGAGCUGAACAAGGAGAGGAAAGAAAGCGUUGUGACACUCAAAGCACAGUUACAAGCGUUCAGUGCCAAAGUGGAACAACACUCGUCUGGCCUGAUUGCAGCUGGCGAUCAGCAGCUCGCACUGUUCGAGGAUGUUUUGGGGGCCAUCGAACCGCUGGCAAAGGAGAACAGCAACCUUGUUGCCCGUUCGAAGGAGCUAGAGGGGCAGAUAUCUGGGUUUGAGUCUAGACUUGUGGCAUACGCGGACAAAGAUGCUGAGAGGCAGAAGGAACUGGAGAUGGUGGAGAAGAGUCUGGUCGAGGUCAAACAGCAGUUGGAACAGUGUCAGGGACAACGCGACGCAGCGGAAAAUCGUCAUAUCAACGCCGUUCGAGAGCGUCAAGCUGCUGUCAAACAGCGCGACAAGGCGUUCGAGAGUGUACGACAAGCAGAUUUGAAAACCUCUGCAGCCGAAUGCAUCUCUUCUGAGGCUGCAGCAGCGGUAGAAGAUGCUCUCGCCAGAGCUACGGAGUCUGAAAGGCUGCAAGCCGAGGUAGACAACGAGCUGAAGGUCAUUCGAGCCCUUUCAGAUGCUCAGUCGGCUGAGAUCACUUCCCUCAAGCGGCAGGCUCAACAACUGCAGGGCGGCCUGCCACCUCCUCCAUUGCCACCGACCAUCAUCCAAGCUGGCUCACCUUCAGCUCUCAAACCGCUUCCCCCUAUUCUCAAGCCGAUCACUCAAGAGGAGAACAAGAAGCCAGGGCGAGCCAAAUCAAUUCCCCUGUAA